UGCAUGUAAGAACCGGAGUGAUUUGUAAGGCGGUGCUGUGCGCCGUCGCCUCGCCCUCGUUUGCGGAGCGAUUCCUUUAUCGAGAGAGAUAGGGUUGAUCGCUUGCUUAUAGGCGUCGGUUUCCGAUCUAUUUCCCUAGAAAAGAAGGAAGAUCCCUUUUUUUCUGGAUCGGAUUACGAAGUCCUCCUUGCUUGUUCCUGGCUGCGUGCGGAUCUGUGGUGGGCUUGUUUGAUUGGUCGCGCGGGCGCUCGGUGGAAGGUUUGAGCGGUUUCAGAUGGGGAAAGGAGGGCAGCAUGAAGGUAAGAAGGCCGGAUUGGAGCAGCCAACCUCUAGUUUUCCGGCUUGGGCACGGAGCGUCCAGGAGUGCGAGGCCGAAUUCAAGGUUUCAUCAGAGCACGGGAUCCGAUCCGAUGAAGUCCUAAGGCGGCAAAAAAUUUAUGGGUUUAACGAGCUCGAGAAGCAUUCAGGACCUUCUAUAUGGCAACUGGUUCUCGAGCAGUUCAAUGACACGCUGGUCCGGAUCCUCCUUGUUGCUGCUGUCGUCUCUUUUGUGCUUGCUUGGUACGAUGGAAACGAAGGUGGUGAGAUGGGGAUCACUGCCUUUGUGGAGCCCCUUGUGAUUUUUCUUAUUCUGGUUGUCAAUGCAAUUGUUGGCGUUUGGCAAGAGAACAAUGCUGAGAAGGCACUCGAGGCCCUGAAAGAAAUCCAAUCAGAGCAUGCUAUGGUUAGAAGGGAUGGUGAGUUGAUUCCUAAUAUCCCAGCUAAGGAGCUUGUGCCAGGUGAUAUUGUGGUGCUCAAGGUCGGGGAUAAGGUUCCUGCUGAUAUGAGGAUUCUCCAUCUUAUUAGCUCGACUGUAAGGGUGGAACAAGCUUCUCUUACUGGAGAGAAUGAUGCUGUGAACAAAACCAACCACCAAGUUGAGCCUGAAGACAUAGAUAUUCAAGGGAAGGAAUGCAUUGUCUUUGCAGGUACCACAGUUGUGAAUGGCAGCUGUAUCUGCUUGGUUACGCAGAUUGGGAUGAACACUGAAAUUGGUAAGAUACAUUCGCAAAUCCAUGAAGCUUCACAAAAUGAAGAUGAUACACCGUUGAAGAAGAAACUGAACAAGUUUGGGGAGGUCCUCACAGCCAUCAUUGGUGCAAUUUGUGCUGUUGUUUGGCUUAUCAAUGUUAAGUAUUUUCUUACAUGGGAGCUUGUUGAUGGCUGGCCACGAAAUUUCAAAUUUUCUUUUGAGAAAUGUACUUAUUACUUUGAGAUUGCUGUGGCAUUGGCUGUUGCCGCAAUCCCUGAAGGUCUGCCAGCAGUUAUCACUACUUGCUUGGCAUUAGGGACAAGGAAGAUGGCUCAAAAAAAUGCAUUGGUUCGGAAGCUACCAAGUGUUGAGACCUUGGGUUGCACAACUGUGAUAUGCUCUGAUAAAACUGGUACACUAACGACAAACCAAAUGUCUGUUGUAAAGCUUGUAGCAAUGGGGAAUGGGAGAGAUAAACUUAGAGUAUUCGAAGUUGAUGGUACCACAUACAACCCCAAAGAUGGUAAUAUCCAUGACUGGCCAGCCAACAAUAUGGAUGUAAAUCUUCAAACAAUUGCUAAGAUUGCAGCUGUUUGCAAUGAUGCAAGCAUCACUGAGGCAGAACAUAAUCGAUUUGUUACCACUGGUAUGCCGACAGAGGCAGCCUUAAAGAUUUUGGUUGAGAAGAUGGGGCUUCCUGGAGGACAUGAUACUUUGUUGGGCUCAAACGAAACAUUAGGAUGCUGCAAAUGGUGGAACACAAUGACUCAUAGGAUUGCUACUCUUGAGUUUGACCGCACUCGAAAAUCAAUGGGAAUUAUUGUGAAAUCAAGAUCAGGAACCAACUCUUUACUUGUAAAGGGAGCAGUUGAAAAUUUGUUGGAACGGAGUGCCUAUGUCCAGCUGCCUGAUGGUUCUGUAGGUUUGCUAAAUGAAAACUCAAAAAAACAUAUUUUAGAAGCCCUCCAUGAUAUGUCUACAAAGGCUUUGCGCUGUUUGGGAUUUGCCUACAAGGUAGAUCUAGCAGAAUUUGCAACAUAUGAUGGUGAAGAUCACCCAGCUCAUAAACUUCUACUCAAUCCGGAAAAUUACUCGUCCAUCGAGACUGAUCUCAUAUUUGCUGGAGUAGUUGGGCUUAGAGAUCCACCAAGAAAAGAGGUUUUUAAAGCAAUUGAAGAUUGUAGAGCAGCUGGUAUUCGAGUCAUGGUCAUUACUGGUGAUAACAAAGAAACAGCAGAAGCAAUUUGUCGUGAUAUAGGUGUCUUCAAACCUGAGGAAACCAUACAUUUAAAGAGUUUCACUGGCAAAGAUUUUAUGUCAAAGCCAUCCAGUGACAAGAAGACCAUAUUGAGGCAAAAUGGUGGUCUAUUAUUUUCUAGAGCUGAACCAAAGCACAAACAAGAGAUUGUGAGAUUGUUAAAAGGAGACAACGAAGUAGUUGCUAUGACAGGGGAUGGUGUUAAUGAUGCUCCUGCAUUGAAAAUGGCAGAUAUUGGCAUUGCUAUGGGCAUUGCUGGGACAGAGGUUGCUAAGGAAGCUUCAGAUAUGGUGUUAGCAGAUGAUAAUUUCAGUACAAUAGUAGCAGCAGUUGGUGAAGGAAGAUCAAUUUACAACAAUAUGAAAGCCUUUAUAAGAUACAUGAUCUCCUCAAACAUUGGUGAAGUUGCUUCUAUCUUUCUAACGGCAGCUUUAGGCAUUCCAGAGGGGCUGAUUCCAGUUCAACUUCUGUGGGUUAAUCUUGUUACAGAUGGACCUCCAGCAACUGCUCUUGGAUUCAACCCACCUGAUAAAGAUAUCAUGAAGAAACCACCUCGAAGAAGUGAUGAUUCAUUGAUUACUGCAUGGAUUUUGUUCCGCUAUAUGGUCAUUGGGCUUUAUGUAGGGUUCGCCACUGUCGGUAUCUUCAUUAUUUGGUAUACUCAUGGUUCGUUUAUGGGGAUAAACUUGAGUGGUGAUGGCCAUACCCUCGUAACAUAUUCUCAACUUUCUAAUUGGGGAGAAUGCUACUCAUGGGAAGGCUUCAAGGUUGCGCCUUUCACUGCUGGAGAUCAGCACUUCACCUUCGAUGAAAAUCCUUGCGACUACUUCCAAACUGGAAAGGUGAAGGCAAUGACCCUUUCGCUCUCUGUGCUGGUUGCCAUCGAGAUGUUCAAUUCACUCAAUGCAUUGUCUGAAGAUGGGAGCCUCCUGACCAUGCCUCCCUGGUCAAACCCAUGGCUCCUCAUUGCUAUGUCUAUCUCAUUCGGACUCCAUUUCUUGAUACUAUAUGUUCCUUUCCUUGCACGAGUAUUUGGAAUCGUCCCUCUCAGUUUCAAUGAGUGGCUCUUGGUGUUGGCGGUUGCUUUCCCUGUGAUUCUUAUCGAUGAGAUCCUUAAGUUCGUCGGUCGCUGGGCAAGUUCUUCAGGUGCUGAGAGAGCUCCUAUAAAGCACAAGGACGAGUAGAUGCUAACUGGAGGCAGCAACCAGCCGUUUACACAUCAUGCCCAAGGUGCCUAAUUGCCUGCUAAUUCUUUUUCCCCUAUAGCUUGAGAAUUGGGGCAAACCAAUAUAACCUUCAUUUAUUGAUUAGGGCAAAAUGUAUUAGACUUAGAUACUUCCAAAAAAAUUUAAAUCAAUUUUUGCUACGCUGGAAUAAUCAGCAACGUCAGUUUUAACUUUUUUUUUUUAAUUUACAUGUACAAGUGGCACUCAUUUGUUUUGAAUCUUUAAAAAGUUCAAGCAGACAUGAUGUCCAUGUUUAACUGUGUA